AAUUUCAAGUAUAAUACUUUCUCUAAUGUUCGACGAUAUUUUUAAUAUAUAAUUAUACUAUGUUUAUAAUAGUAGUUUUUAGUUAGGUUUGUAGGUGUUGUUUAUGUGCAGGCUAUUUUUGUCCUAAAAUUUUAAACCAGACGGGUGAUAUUGUUAAAAGUUUCCAAGUAUUUCAUGAUCAAUAAGCAUCUUGUCAGUUCUAUUAAACUUAAAUAAUAGAAGAGCCAACAUGUCCAAGAGCUCUAAGUAUAACGGGGAUGAUAUAUGGAAGAAUAAUGUCGAAAAAAUUAAUUCAGAAUUAUUUACAUUAACAUACGGGUCUGUUGUAGCACAACUAUGUCGAGACUUCAAUAACAAUUAUCAUGAAGUCAACAAUCAAUUGGAUAAAAUGGGGUAUAAUAUUGGAUUACGAUUAAUUGAAGAAUUCUUAGCCAAAACAGGAGUUCGUCGAUGCCAAACUUUUCGAGAAACAAGUGAAAUAAUUAGUAAAAUUGGAUUUAAAAUAUUCUUAAAUAUAGUUCCAACUAUUGAAAAUUGGAGUUCAGAUAAUAAAACUUGUUCAUUAAUUCUUCCUGAACCUAAUCCACUAACAGAAUUUGUUGAAUUACCAAUAACGACUGAUUCUAAGAUUAGUAAAGAAUUAUGGUAUUCACAAAUUUUAUGUGGAGUAUUAAGAGGUGCACUUCAAAUGGUUCAAUUAGAUGUAGAUGUUAAUUUUGUUAAAGAUGUUUUAAGAGGUGAUGAUCGUACUGAGAUAAGAUUAAAGUUAAAUAAGGUGCUUAAGGAUGAGAUACCCGCAGGAGAAGAUUAGAAUUAUAAAAUAAAAAAUUAACAAAUUGGUAUAAAAGAAAAAUUGUAUUAAUCCCUUAUAUAGGGUAUAUAUUAAAUAAUAUAUUUUCUAUACAUUAAUCCAAGAUCACCAGCUUCAAUGAGUUAUAAGCUGCAACUAUGAGCUUGAUUAUGUCUGACCUUUUUUCUUGUGGCG